AUGAGUUUCACGAACCCAAUCAUUCCGGGCUUCAACCCUGACCCUUCAAUCGUGCGAGUCGAUGAAGAUUAUUUUCUAGCCACCUCGACCUUUGAAUAUUUCCCAGGGAUCCCCAUAUAUCAUAGUAGAGAUCUGAUUCAAUGGAAAUUAAUUGGUCACGCAUUGACAAGAACUUCUCAGCUUCAAAUCCACACUCCAGAACCCGGUGGUGGUAUCUGGGCCCCAACAUUGCGUUACCAUAACGGGAGAUUCUAUGUCACUGCUGCGAGCUUUUCUCGUUAUCGCCCACAAGAAGAUGAUCGCGUCUGGCCGCAAGGGUUCUAUGUUCAAACCACAAAUAUUUGGAAAGAUAAUUCUUGGUCGGACCCUAUUUAUUUCGAUCAGGUCGGAUUUGAUCAGGAUCUUUUUUGGGACGACGAUGAAACCGUUUAUCUUUCAUCUACUUAUCGAAAACUUCAACCAACUCCUGGUGUCAAGCUCAAGGAUUUCGCCGUUCACAUUUGUACCGUUGACUUGUUAACCGGCCACUCAACAUCUGAGCCAAAACUAAUUCGCGAAUCAAAUUCCGGGGUAGCAGAAGGGUCGCACAUCUUCAAACGUGGUCGCUACUACUAUCUGCUCACGGCGGAAGGUGGAACCGAGAGUGGUCAUUGCGAAUGGGUAAGUAGAAGCACUCAUGGCCCCCUUGGCCCAUGGGAGCUUGGACCGAAUAAUCCUCUUUGGCGCAAUGGGCUAGACGAUGAAGUUCAAAAUACAGGCCAUGCAGAUCUGGUUCAAGAUGCUCAGGGGCAAUGGUGGGCAGUACUGCUCGGAGUUCGACCCGUGCGACGAGACGGUCGAUGGGAAGAGUCUGUCUUCGGUCGUGAGACUUUUCUCGUUCCUGUUCACUGGGAGGAUGACUGGCCCAUCAUCAAUGAGGGCAAGAAAAUCGCUCUUCAAGCAACGGGGCCUGGCCUGUAUCGCCAUGUGAUAGAUCUCGCCUGGCGAGACGAUUUUCAUGAUCCCAAACUACAAUUAGGAUGGUAUAGAAAGAAUACACCACUAACAACGGAUUACACAUUAACCGAGCGACCUGACUACCUUCGACUAUAUGGAGGACCAUACAGUCUUUCUGUUCCAUCCAGCCCGACAAUGUUCUUGCGAAAACAGACCCAUCCAUUCUGUACAUGGGAGACAAAAUUGUCUUUCGUCCCGACAUCUGCGCAUACCGAAGCGGGGACUGUACUAUGGUGGAACCAUUUCACGUACAGCUCAUUGGGACUGCGUAAGAUUGGGGAAAAUCAAAUUAUUAGAUUUCGUUCAUCGGAGGAUACAAUUGUGGAGCAUAAGUUAUCGUUAACAACAGAAGUUGUACUUGUUGUUGAAUGUGGCGAUCAAUACCGAUUUGGAUAUCGCGAAGCAACAAAGUCUGAUAUUAUUUGGAUUGGCACUGUGGAUAACCAGAUUGCAACUGAAUCACCACCGGUAGGGGCACCUUUUACUGGAAUGAUGCUUGGGCUUUAUGCAUUUGGCGAACGGCAGCGAUGUCUGGCACCAGCGGAUUUUGAAUAUGCUGAGUUUCGUUAA